CGUUAAACUCAUCCCUCACACUUGUUUCUGCAUUCUCUCGGCCUUCGCCAGUAAAUCAAGCACAUCCUUGGACUAUGAGCUCUUUUCGUCAAACAUAGGGAGAUGUCGUACCAUGCUCAAGACUUAUUCCAUAACUAAGGUUGUGUUCACAUAAGUGUUGUUUUUCAACAAUGAGACGGCAGGGGCAGUAUGGUGAUCCAUCUGCCAAUACUUAUGUUGGUGGCCAGAUGCAUCACAUGGCUGGUCAGAGGGUGGAAACCAAGCCUGACAAUUUUGAAGAACGGUUAGAGGCCUUCACUCCGGAGAGAGACAAUCCAUAUGCAAAUUCAAAGCCAGAGGGUCAGUGGAGAUGGGAAAUGGAUGAAUCAAAGAUGUCUAAUUCAAUGACAUCUCAUAUGUUUACUGAAGGUCAAGGGGGUGAUGCUUCAAGGUCCUAUUUUCAGGGGCAGAGGCCUGACCCUAAGUUGGCUUUGCAGAACCGUAGCAACAAUGAUUCCAGAUCUCAGGCUCAUGAAGAAGAUAGGGACGUUGGAUAUGAGGGAAAUCAUUUAUCACCAACUUUUGAAUCUCUUGAGCAGAAUUUUCAGAAUGACAUUAUUAAACUUACCAAAGAACAGAAUGAUGCUGAAGAUGCAGAACAUGCCAGGCACAGGGAGAAAAUAAAUACAAUCAAUACUCAGUAUGAAGAAAAACUGGCAGCACUCCGAGCUCGGCAUGGCAGCCGCAGAGCUGAAUUUCUUCAAAGGGAAUCACAUGCAAGACAACAGCAGUAUCAGCAAACCAUAAAGGAUCCUUACCCCAGCAGUGGCAUGGCACCCAGAGACCCUCAUGGUUACAACACUGAUAAUGCUUCAGCUGCUGGGGGAGAAGUGCAAAGAGGCUAUUCUUCUGAUCACUUUGAUUCUUACAAUGAGCGAGCUCGAUUUCUUGGGGGUGCAAGAGAUCAAGGAUUUGAGCCAAGAGGUCCAUAUCCUGGGGGACGUGUUUAUGAUACUGGUUCACGCUACUACAAUUGAGUUUUGACCCAAAGGUUCACCUCUCAUUUUGGGUUUAUCCUGUCAUAGCAAUUUAGAUUGCUUAUAUUGACAUCAAUUCUGUGUAAUCUUACCAUCUCUUUGUUGCCCUGUGUAAUGGAAAUUCACGUUUCUUGGGAGCUCAGUUAUAUGAAUCAACAUUUGGAGGUGCACACUUUUACAUUGGUGUUGUGCAUCUAGAUGUAGCUAGGAUCUAGGAUGUUUGUUGUUUGUGUUUAUGAAAGCCAUUAACAUUCAGAACUAUGAAAAUUCCAAUCGAGUU